AUGGCCUUACAAAAAGAUGUUGAUUCUGCUUUACAAACAUUUUAUCAUGUACGUGAUGAGCUGACAAUUUACAAAGAGUUGAUAAUCCGAGGUGGAAGAAUCCUUGUUCCUAAUGCUCUUACUACUAAGUUGAUUAAUCUGGCACACAUGACACAUCAAGGAAUUGUUCGUACUAAACAAAGAUUACUAGAUCUAUGCUGGUGGAAAGGUAUGGAUAAACAAGUUGAGAACUUGAUUUGUCAUUGCUCUGUCUGCCAUGCUCAUGAUAAAUCUACUAAACCUGUAUUUGCUCCAUUGAAACCUGUUCCUUUGCAUAAACAACCUUGGCAAAAGCUUGGUAUUGAUAUUGUUGUUUCUAAUGAAAAUGCUCCUGCUGAAUGUCGUCUUGCUAUUACAUUGUUGAUUAAAGUUAUGUUUAUUUCGAAAGUGGAUACACCUACUGUGAUAAAAUUCUUAAAAACUGUUUUUUUUUACAAAGAAGGUUACUGCAAUGAAAUUGUCAGUGACAAUGGUGUACAAUUUCGAUCACAAAUGUUUGAAGAAUUUUUACGUUAA